AGGCCAGUCAUGUGACAGCCCUGUAGUAAUGCUGCCGCACGCGCUGGAGCUAUGAGUAGUCUCGCGCUCACGGCUUUGCAAUGAGAAGCUCGUCUCAAGGGCAAAGCCACGUCACUUUACUCACUGCAAUAGUUUGGCCGAGAGAAAAGGGACCGGACAGCAGCAACAACUGAUACACAGGAUUUGAGACACACUCAAGGAACGGAUUCAUUUGUGACGGACAGCCAAGCACGGGACGGGGUUUUCUGGACAGGUGGUGACCAGGAAUGGUGGAUCACUUGCUAGUGAAUGAAGAAACCUUCCUUCCUUACAGUCGCUCCUUGACUGCCCACCACCACCGGUCGGAUAUGGUGACAGACGAGGGGGUUUACCAGGUGCUGCCUUCUCCUUUCUCAGAGGACGAGCUCAGUGACUCGUCCAGUUCGUGUUGUUGCUCUAGUCCUGAGUCCCAGGUGUUGGGCUCCAGCUGUAGCAGUGCCAGCUCCAGUGGUGAAAGCCAAGAUGGUCUCCUAGAUUUCCUGAUCUCUCAGUCUACCCUAAGCCAAACAUCUCCUUCUACGACCAUAACUCCUGCCAUGGUCCCUCCAGUUCUGCCCAUGGGUCUGGCGUGGGAGUCUCGUAGGGACCGGGCUACCAAAGAGGAAUGCUUCGAGUUCCCAAUAUUUCCUGGAGAUCUGGAGGACCAUGCUGGACUGCUGUUUCAACCCACAUUGGAGGAGAUCGAGGAGUUUCUUGAGGAGAACAUGGAAGUCAUAGCCUUGAAGGAAAAAGCAAGUGAUGGGACAUUGACUAGCACUACUGAACAGGUAUCCUCGUCAGAAUCGCAGGCGCAAAGCUUAGACCAAACAGUGCCUGUUUUCCGCGUAACAGCUGACCCUGAAACUAAAAGUGCCCAUUCCUCACUGGGACCCACCACAGAUGCUCAAAAUGGGGUGAAAAAGGAGGAAUCCUCUGAGAAGGCUUCAGUGGUGGAGAAUUCAGGGGUGCCGGUCAUCCUGCAAAUCCAGCCCAUUCAGAUCAAGCAGGAGCCAGCUCAAAACACAGCGCCUACAACGCAGCCACCUGCCUCAGACAUCAAAAUCGCCCAGCUGCUUGUCAACAUCCAGGGCCAGACGUUCGCUUUGGUUCCUCAUGUCAUGCCACCAGCUAGCCCUAGCAGUACAUCUUCGAAGUUCGUCCGUAUAGCUCCAGUACCCAUUGCAGCCAAACCUGCAGAACUUGGGGAGAACGGAGCUGCUGGAGUCCAUGGGGCAGAGCUCCUAGUUGGGGGUCAGAAAUUCCAGAAGAACUCAGUGGCUGAUCUCAUCAAAAUGCACAAGUGCACUUUUCCAGGCUGUGCCAAGAUGUACACCAAGAGCAGCCACCUGAAGGCCCAUUUGAGGAGGCAUACAGGCGAAAAGCCCUUCGCUUGCACCUGGCCAGGCUGUGUCUGGAGGUUCUCGCGAUCGGACGAGCUGUCGCGCCACAGACGCUCUCACUCUGGAGUGAAGCCAUACCAGUGUCCUGUCUGUGAGAAGAAAUUUGCCCGCAGCGAUCACCUGUCCAAACACAUCAAAGUCCAUCGCUUUCCAAGAAGCAGCAGGACGGCACGCUCUUCAUACUGACCCCGCAUAACCCCCAACACCAGGGGCAUGGAGAGAGAGAGAGAGAGAGAGGGAGAGAGAGAGAGAGAGAGAGAGAGAGAGAGAGAGAGAGGAAGAGAGAGCACACAGAGUUAUGAGUGAGGAAAUAUGUAAGAGUGACCAUGUAAGAAAGGAAAGGAGAAAAGACCAUAGAAAGGGAGGAAACUGGGUGACUUCUUGAAAGAGUAUGUGUGCAGGAGCAUGAGAAGAGAAUUCUCAGUUGUGGUACUGUGAUAAUUUAUUGGUUAAAGCUGAGAGGAACUGAAGAAGAGCGUACAAAACUGUUACUUGACACAACAUCUUCAAUGAUGUCCUAAGCUUCUCUUAGAUUGUAUUUUUGUAGGGGGUUCCAUGCUAGUUUUCUAUUCUCUUUUUAUGAACAAAGAGUUGCAUUAUGUUUUAUGCAAAGUAUUUUUUCUACUCGUGAGGUAUGAACUGUUGUUGAUGUCUCUGCCUAUCUCUAAAAGCAUCAACAUUCCUUAUCUAUUACCAUUAUCAUUAUGCCUCUUCUUUUGCCAAGGUGAGUUAUUGUGUAGUUCUGCAAAACCAAAAAGAAAACCUGGGUUGGUUUGAACUACUGAUCAUAGUCAGGACUGUGUCGUUUAUAAGCUAUUAGCAAACAUGGAGCUAAUUCACCCACCUUUUACUGCUCGUAAAACUGUGAUAAGCUUCAACUCUGUGAUCAAACGGGUUCGGAAAAUUCAUUAUAGUCCUCAGAGUUUAAGAGGAAUUCCACUGAUUUUUCAACAUUUCUGCGUAAUUAAAUUGUUACGAUGUAAACAAAGUCAUUCAGUGUGGUUUGGUGUGAAGUGCUCUGUUCUAGAGAAACUUACUGAGUCAUAAUUGUUCACAGUGGUGGUGACAGGAGCCAAAAUGACCUGUUUUUUCUGUCCUUUUCUGUUUCUGGCUGAAAUAUGUCAACAUUUUGGUCUUAUUAUCUCAAACUUUUUACUUACUAUAUUGAAAUUAAUUUGGGUCUCAUUUGCCAAUAUUAAUUGGGUCUCAUUUGCCAAUAUCUUCCUACAUUUUUCUUAAAUUUGUUCUUGAGAAAGGUCCUCAGAAAAAGUCUACGUCAGAUUCAUGACGUGUUCUUAAACCGCAGAAUUGUUCACACUUUUGUACCCUUGAGUGUGUGUAGAUUCUGUUCUUACCUAAGAACAAAUCCCAAAUAAGAAACACUGGUGAAUGUCUUUGUGAAAACUUAAGUGGGAUUUAAGAAGAGAUUUCUUCUUAAGAACGUUUCGUGAAUGAGCCCAUUUUCUUCUUUUGAAAUUUUGACCUCAUUAUCUCUAAAUUAUGACUUAUGUUCUCAAAAAUUUGACAUAGCAUCUUGAAUAAUUAAUCAUUUUUAAAAAUAAUGUCUCAAAAAAUGCAAGAUUAAAUGAUGUAAGCAAAGUCAUUUAGAGUGGUUUCAUGCACAACUUUUUUCUCUUUUCUGUUUGUCAAAAUUUUGACUUAUGUCGAAGUAAUAAAUCUUUGACUUUUAGUAUCUCAAAAUAGUGACUUUUUUCUCAAAAUAUUGGCUUAUUACAAAAUAAUAACGUUUUCUCAAAAUUUUCACUAUGUUGAGAUAAUGACUUCUUUGUGUAAAUUUUGACUUAGUCUUGCAUUUUUUAAAAAUAGUUUCUCUAAAUAUUCAUAACUAAACAGUUAAGAUUCAACCCUAUUUUACCGUUAUCAGCAUUACAGAUACAAACUCUAAAGACACAUUUAGGUUCACUGUUUUUUUUUUUUCAUUGUAGACAUUUUGACCCCUGGUAAGUUUCUCUACGAUGCAUCAACCCACUCUGAAAGACUUUGUUUACAGCCUCAAAUGUUUAAUUAUGCAGAAAUGCAGAAAAAUCAAUGGAAUUAAAUGCAGCAAAAGUCAAACACGCACAGUCAUCGUUGUCUGUUGGCUAAUAUGUGAACCAGCUGGCCUUCUGAUCAGUAUUGAAGAAGUUUUAUUUUUCAUAUUUUAAAAAACCUUAGUCUGUUUUAUCACAAUCGUUUAAUUUCUGUACUUUCUUCUUUUUGUCUUCCUGUUCGGCUCUUUCUCCUGAAAACGAAGCUAUUCAAGUAUCAAAAAAUGUGAUGUAUCUGUUGAGCCUUUAUGUUGGACUUAUUGUUUUGGGGCCAAGAUAUAAGUUCAGGCACUUAUGGUUGUAAAAUGCAUUACAACAGGAAUAGAACUGUUUGUUUGUUGUUCAGAAUGGAGAAAAUAAUCAGUGUCGGUUAAUAAGAUUAUCCUUUCUGUAUGGAAUGUCUAUGCAUUAUGUCAUGGUGUUCUUAUAUAACCGUCUGAGCAGCCUUGCACUUGGAGGUAUUCACCUUCCCUGGGACAACAAUGCCUAUCCACACUCACGCAUACACAAGAUCAGGCUGGAGCGCUUCAUCUCUGACCUUGGGUUCAUCUCAGAUAUCAGACUUUCACUGUUGUGCCAUAAUGUGUCAUAGUGGCAAAUCUGGACAACAGGAAGUGGAAAUAUAAGGUGCUAAUCUGUUUAACCUCAACCAUAGCCUGCUCCAUGAGGACUGGUUCUUCUGGACAAACUCUUCACCUUUGGGAAAUGUAGACUGGGAAACACCUGGAGUUCAAGCUGGACAUUCACAAUGGGAACUCUGCUCAUGGUCACAGCUGGACUAACGAUAUGAUACGCUGACCAUAUCUACACUUGAGGAAUGUGUGAAACGGCCAGCGAAUGCUGCUGACACGAGAGCGUUUUGUUUUGAGCAAAUCGAUGUUUUCUGCAGCAUUACUUCUGCAGCUUGAUGAAGCGUUUUGGGGAGAAUUUCACAGCUGCCUUUGGAAAUGCAGCCUGUUUGCCAAAAUAAAGCCUGAGAACGAAAGAGACACAUCAGAACCACAAUUUAGUUUGAUUAAGAGUUCAGCAGUCAAUAGGUAUUUGUGUGCUAGAGGUUGCCGGUAGUAACUUAAUGACAAUGGAAGUCCAAAUAAUUACCCGUUUUUUCUUUCUCCUUUUCGUUUUUGGCAGAAGUAUAUCAAAAUUUUGACUUGGCAUCUCAAAAUGCUGACUUAUUUUAUACAUAUUUUGACUUACUUUAUUGAAAUAAUGACUUGUUUUCUCAAAUUUCUCACAAUUUUAAAUUAAUGACUUCCUUUAAUUUUUGACUUUAUGACUUAAUUUUCUCAAAUAUUUUAUUUACUCUGUAGAAAUAUUGAAAAUUUUGCUUUAUUGAAAGUUCAACAUACUGUUUUAAAACAAUGAGUUAUUACAUUUCAAAGAAAAUUUGUCAUUAUUUGGGGAAAAUAAGUCAUUAUUUCAAGACACUAUGUCAAAUUUUUUACAUACUGCUGCCAGACACAAAGAAAGAGACACGGUUUUUUCUCCUCUAUUUGGCAGGAGAGGGCUUACAUACACGAAAGAUUAUGAUACUGCCCAUCAAAAGUGUAAAUAUUUGUGAUGCAAGCUUGGGAAUAAUGCCAAUGCCCACGCUUUUUAUUCCCCUGCCAGAACUCAAACCUUUCAGAUGUUAAAACCCCCUUUGGGCCAAAAGACUUUCAAUAUUUGCUUUUAACAACAGCUAAGCCUGCUCUUCAUACCAAGGAAGAGACUCUGAUAGCAAGUUCAUAGCUGUUUUAUGGCAACAAAACUUUACACAGGAUGGUAAGGCAUAGAAAUAUGUCCCCAAACUUUUGACGGGCAGUUUAUAUUCAACUGUCUGGUCAAUACUCAUGAAAGGAGCAGAUAACGGCCGAACCACCUGUAUUUCUAGAUAGAAUGAGCCUAAGAAACUGAUAACAGAUAACUGAUAGUGCUGCUAAUGUGCUAGAAGCACAUAGCCUAUCCAGAAUAAACAGUAUUUACAGUCAGCUAUGCUGAUCCUAUGCAGCUGUUAUGGGCAGAAACCUCUUGCACUUGUCAUGCAGACAGCAAAGGAAGGCCCAAAGAGGGGAUCCAGUCUUUGAAUGGCCUCUUACAUGCUAAUUUGUUACGCUAGCACUAGUAUAGUUCAGAUACUGAAUGCUAGCUGAUUAGCAAACACUAUGAAUUGUGUUGAUGUGGUUGCUAUUAUCUUACCACAGGCCAAGCACAUGUGGUUUAUUGUUUAGAAUUCCCUUAAGUGUGCACAUCAGGGUUUAUGAAGACAUAAUGCCUGUAAAAUUAUAGAUAAUUAGGUCAGGCAUGCUGAAUGUCUCUCUGAACCACACUUAUUGUUACGUUCAUCAGGUGUCUCACAGUUACUUUCUCUUUGUGCCUGACAGACGGCGAACCUGAGGUAGUGUACUGAUAGUGGUGCAUUCCUUCCGAUCAGUAUGACAAUGAUUUCAUUUAUGGCCAUCAAUGAAUGUAUGUAAAUGGAGUUUCACCAGAAAAGGGUCAGAUGUGAUUCUGUACAUUUCCCCAGUAAAAUUGUAAACAUAAUGUACAUAAAAGCAAUUCAAUAUGUAUAUUGUAUUAUAUAUAUAUAUAUAUAAAUAUAAAUAUAUUUUCCUGUUCUUCAUGAGAUGCAUUUACAAAUAAAAUGGAAAAGAGAACUUUUAUGAAGUUUG